AUUCAGAUUUUAUCAUUUGCAGAAGUAAACAACCUGCAAUGCUUAUGUCAUCGUUCGUGUUUUGUGAUAUGAAUAGUUUAUCGUGCGAUUCUCGGAUGAAAAGUUAAUUUCAUUUGUUCUUGACAUUAGUUGAUCUUAGUUAAGACUUUAAAUUAAAAGACUGAUUGAAAUAUGGCUAACAAACCAGAUGGCAAACCAGUACCUGGUGUUGCUUCUCAGGUACCUCCUCCAUACACUCCAGUUGAUCCACCACCAGCAUAUGCUCCUACUGGGGGUUAUCCUCCUGGAGAAGGAGUCCCACCAGCAGGCUAUUACACAGGUCCUACUAUAGGAGGUUAUCAAGCUCCACCCACUGUUAUACUUGGUGCACCUUCUGCAGCAGGAAGUCCACCUACAGUUGUUACAGUGGUUAAUGUUGGGCAGUGGGGUCCAUUUCCAAUGCAAGUAGUGUGUUCUCAUUGCUCAGCUCGAGUUAUGACUGAAACAUCUCUGAGUCCAGGAUUGUUGACUUGGUUACUGUCUGGAGCUCUAGUCUUUGUUGGGUGUUGGUUGGGAUGUUGCUUGAUUCCUUGCUGUAUACCAGAAUGUCAAGAUAUAGAGCAUCGUUGUCCAAACUGCAAAACACAUUUGGGUACUUUCCGUCGCAUAUGAACAAAUGUAAUAUUGAACAUGUCACAGCUGGGUGAUUUUUCACAUUCUAUUGCCUUAAAAAAAUCAUGCCUGUUAGUUUAAAAGUAUUAGCUAUUCAUAGAUGGAUAUUCCUUACUCUAAGAGAAAAUAUUUUAUAUAUUAUACAGCACUGUUUCUCAAAACCUUGUUCUUUUUCAUGUGAGGAGAGAUGGAAGGAAACAGUUUUAACAGUAUUUUUCCACUUUUUGUCUGCACCAUGCUGCUGUAAAGGUGUUUUGUAUAUUAAAAUGUUUAUCCAAAUUAUAUCCAAUGUUUAUAUUUCUUAGAAUGUAUCAAUCUCUGCUGUUAGGAGCUUUCAGAUUUGUUUCUGCUAAAUCAGAUUUUAUAUGUAUAUAGAGUAAGAAAAUUCCAUGUUUGUUUCAUCUCCAAAAUUUUGUUUGAUUUUGUAUCGUGUAUGUUAUUUAAACAGAUUUAUCAACUGUUGAAAUGUAAUAAGUGAAAUGUAAUAAAAAUGAUGAAUUAUUAAUUUUUG